AUAUAUAUAUAUAGUUUGACAGAUAGCGAUAUGACAGUUCGGGAGUCCUGAGUUCUGUCAGAGUUGGAAUUUAUUUUGUCGAAGUACAUCUUGUAAUUAACAUUAAAUACAUAAACGAAUGUGUGUUUAUUUUAUAGAAUCGUAUGUUUAUUAUUCCUUAUAAUCGUAAUUUGUCAUCAUCGAAUAGAAUUCGUAGAUCCUCGAAGAGUUUAUUUAUUAACCUAUGUCUGAUACGUUAAUAUAAAAUAAAACAAUAUAAAAUGAGUUCGUACAGCGUAAUCACGUCCGGUUUUAUAAAUGUAUCGAUCACAAAUUCCGGACAAGAAUCCUCUUGUGUCGUGGAACGUCGAUUUCAGAAAAGUAUAACCAUAGAUGAAUUUAAGGGUAAGUUGGAGCUUCUUACGGGUGGCAACCCAGCUACGAUGAUUGUUGAAGUCUACGACAAGAAUGACAAGCUGGUUUGCAAGUUGGACGAGGGGCAACGUCUCUUGGGAUCUUAUCCAAUUGACGAUGGCAUGAGAAUACAUGUCAUUGAUAACUUCUCGUCCACUGCGGAAGACUUGAAUAAUGUGAAGAAGUUUGAGAUAUCGGAAGAAGAAUAUGCUAAGAAGACAGAUACUGUUAAGGCGUUCCUGGAGAAGAAUAAGCUUGGGAAAUAUAAUGAGGAAGAAAUGAAGAAGAAAAUGGAGGAAAAGAAACAGGAGGAAGAAGCGGAGGAGCAUUUAGCCAGUUUAUGUAAAAUUGGAGAUCGCUGUGAAGUAUCUGUUCCAAAUCAAGCAAGAAGAAGAGCUACUAUCUUAUAUAUCGGUAAAACUGAAUUUAGAGAAGGCUGGUGGAUUGGCGUUAAAUAUGACGAACCUCUGGGCAAAAAUGAUGGAAGUGUCGGUGGUAAAAGAUAUUUUGAAUGUCCACCAAAAUACGGAGGAUUCGUGAAGCCGGCGCACGUGAAAGUCGGAGAUUUUCCCGAAGAAGACUUUGACUUGAAUGAAGAGCUUUAAAAAUACCCAGCAUUAUUCCACUGAAUAUAUCUUUUUAUAAUUUGUUAAUUCUCAAAAUGGAUACAAUUUUAUAUAAAAUAAGCUUUCUUAAAUUAAUGCUCAUAAAUUAAGGUCCUCAGUAUUUCCUUCGUUUGAUUAUGUCAGGUCGCCAGUCGAUCGGAUGUGUCUUUUCAGUCUGCAAAUAGAUAAUGUUAAAAAAUAAUUCGAUAAUUAUCGUAGAUGAUUAAAUCGCAAGUGUACAGUAUAAUUAUUUAUAAAAAUUCACUUACCGCAG